AUGAGUGACGACAGCACAGCGACUACCACCGUCGAUUCGGCCGACUUCUGCGAGGCCAAGAUUCUGUUCCGGCAGCUGAAACCAUUCCCAGCGAUAGACGAAAAUAACAAUUACAAAAUCGACACUCAGCACUUUCUCGAGUCGUCCAAUCAAAUCAUUGAUGCCAUUGCAUGCUUUGGAAAACUGUUCUCCCCCAUCGUGAGAGACAUGCGGCAAAAUGUACAGAAAAUAACAAACAAAUACAAGCAAAACGAAGCUCUGUUCAGCUGCUUGGAGGAUUUAAUCCUCAAGGAUAAGGACGGAAAUGAUAUUCCGUUUGAUACGGUGACUGAUGGUUUGCUGUGGUUGAAGAGGGGGUUUGAAAUGAUAGAAAUGUUUUUCCGGAGCAUACUUGAAGAUGCGGCGUGUAGUGAGCAGAUUAAACCGCAUCUAAAAAAGGCCUACGAACAAUGCUUAUUACCGUUUCACGGGUUUCUCGCCCAGAAAGCUUUUCAGCUUUUACAGAUGUAUAUGCCAACCAGAUCAUCUUUAGUUGGCACGCCAGACACAAACGGGGACAAUAUGAAGGCACUAGAGGAAUUUCUUGUGCUGUUCCGAGCUAAUUUGACCCAUUUAAACGAUUUUUAUAGCAAACAUGACCUACAUAGAACGUAUAAAGCGUAG